AACAGGCGGAGACACCGAGAGAGAGUGUGAGGCAAUCAGAGAGGGAGGCUCCGUCACUGCAUCGACUAUUCACACACACACACACACACACACACACACACACACACACACAUAUACACACACCUACACAGGAUUGGACUCGUUUUCUUUUCUUUCAUCCCGACUUGAAAUCAAUGAAGGAGAGACGCUCUUGUCACAAACUAUCUCUGAAAUCCGGCAUGGAUCCCAGUCAGAGUGUGAAGUGUAAGAUCGUGGUGGUGGGGGACAGCCAGUGCGGGAAGACUGCGCUGCUUCACGUGUUCGCCAAGGACUGUUUCCCCGAGAGCUACGUCCCCACCGUGUUUGAAAACUACACAGCCAGUUUUGAAAUCGACACUCAGAGGAUCGAGCUCAGUCUGUGGGACACCUCAGGUUCUCCGUACUAUGACAACGUGAGGCCCCUCUCCUACCCAGACUCCGACGCCGUCCUCAUCUGUUUCGACAUCAGCCGCCCUGAAACACUCGACAGUGUGCUCAAAAAGUGGAAAGGGGAGAUCCAGGAGUUUUGUCCCAACACUAAAAUGCUGUUGGUUGGCUGUAAGUCAGACCUACGCACCGACCUGAGCACACUAGUGGAACUUUCCAACCACCGGCAGACACCAGUGUCUUAUGACCAGGGUUCCAGCAUGGCCAAGCAGAUCUCGGCGCCUUACAUCGAGUGCUCGGCCCAGCAGUCGGAGAACAGCGUCAGGGACAUUUUCCACGUGGCCACACUAGCCUGCAUUAACAAAAACAACAAAAACGUCAAGCGCAGUAAGACCACCCGCACCAACAAGAGGAUUUCACACAUGCCCGGUAGGCCUGACCUGGCGGCUGUGGCCUCAGACCUCCGGAAGGACAAAGCCAAAAGUUGCUCAAUUAUGUGACUGAUCAGACUGAGGGAGAUUAGACUGAGGAGAAUGAGGACAGAGCACAGUUCAAGCAGGAAGCUAUGGGGCAAUGCUCUUUCCUGCAUGCGAAAGACCCCAUAUUUGUCUGGGAAGGGGCUUUAUAAGCUUCAAUUCAUGUACAUGUUACUGGAAUACUCUGCACCAAUGAAAACUCACUGCGUCGUAGCUUCCCCAUUCAUAUGGCCCCCACCCCACCAGAUGAGGAAGCUAUCUGUCAGUGGGCUACCUGCUCGAGGAAGUGACCUGCUUCCUCUGGGAAGGACGAAGCGGAUGCGGUCGAGGCUUUCCACACCAACAGGAAAUGAGCAUAAGGAGUGAUGUCAUUAGACGCUCGUUUGUAAAGGCAGAAACGUGAUUUUUUGAAUGAGAGCCAAAAGGCCGCAAUGGGGGUUUGCUGCCUUGGGGGGGAAAAGAGGAGCUGCUGUUGUUUUGUGCUGGAUCAAAGAUUUGCUCGGAGGGCUUAUACAACAACUCAUCACUGUGGUUUGGAAGUGUUUCUCUCUCACCCCUGCUACUGUAACUGUAAGUCUGUGUGCAGAGCAGAUUAAAAGAGGAAUUUCUUAGUCCUGCACAAUGGAAACCUGACGCUGUGUCCCCUCUCUCUGAUAUGUUGUCGGUAUAAUGUGAAGUCAUUGGUGUGUAACUGUGUCAUCCUUUUUAAUUUAGCUUCAUCCUAAAAUUACGCAUCUGCAUCAGUCAGAUGGCCGUUCUAUGCCCAUUAAUUUCACCUCAACAGCAGAUACAUAAUGACUCUCCGAAGAGAUUAUGGUAACUACUCUUUACACUCACAGGUGUAUAAAUGCUUCUGUACGAUACUGGGGAGCCAUAAGCAAAAAGGCUCAAACCAGAAGUCUGCUUUUAGGAUUUGCAAUUCCUUCAGUAAAUAUGAUAAAGGAAUGUAAUUUGGUUUGUCAGUGUUAAUCUAAAAGUAGUCACUUCUAGUUAUUUCUUUGGAGAAUAUUGAAAUAACUUAGAAAACCCCGUAAUUGACCCAUAAUGGUCCAAGAAGCUUUAAUUGACCAACACUAAACAAGUGAAAAUGUGAUUGUGUAAAAUGAGGAUGCCCAAACAGGCUGACUGGCAUUUUUUUUUUUUAGCAAUGAAUCACUUUUCCACUGCACUUUAGAGAGGGAGUGGAAAUGAAAGCAUCAAUUAAAGCUUGUUUAUUAGGCUCUGAAGACAUCACAGCUUUCUGCUCAACAUUUCCCUCAAGUGUUCCGACUCUGCUGUUGAGGAAUGGGUGGGGGGGGGGGGGGUUUAACUCAAACUUGGGUAAUUUUAUUUUUCCUACAUGGUUUGAAAUGUUAUUUGGUUAUUUCAGUGUUUGAGUUUUAUGACCCAUAGCCCUAUUUGAAAGAUGUCAUAAAACAACAAAUCUGUCUGUUGACUCUUAGUCUGCCCCCCCCUUUGCCAUCAGACUUUCCAUUUCAGCAUGGCACGUAUGCAGUGUACAGUGUCGACAGUUCUUAUCUUCAGUUUGACCAUUGGGGUCUCUUUUGCAGGCUGUGGCGAGUCAUUGACAACUUCACAAAGGUUGGAUUUAAACUUAAUUGGUAGUAUUGUCAAGGAAUCUGUUUAAUUUGAUUUGAGAAAAGGACUAGUUGAUUAAUUUAGCACAGUCAUCUUCCCUAAAUCCAAUACAAAGCUCUAAUAUCCUAAGUUUUGAUAUAGUGGUUAGUAACCCCGGAUCUCAAACAUUGGAUGUGCCAAUCCUGAGCGGGGCUUUUUCUAAUGUAACCUGGAAAUGUAGUAGGCUAAUGAUGUUAGCUACGCAUGCUAAUGUUUGCUGUUUGCAAUGUUUGCAAUAGCUUAGAGCAGAUAAACACACCGUUUAAUCCAGUUUUGCUCUUGUAUUUUUUUGUUUUGGAAAACUAAAAAAAAAGACACAAUGCUCCAAACUUUUUAAAUGUGAAGUAACAGCCCCUUAUACAUUUCUUCAAUAUGUUGAACAAUCCAAAGCUUGACAGGGCUAAGAUAUGAUUGGACAAGUGCUGUUUUGGGGGAAGGGUUUAACGUACGGUCAAUUUGAAAAUGUGACUUUUUUUAAAGUCUUGAGAAACAUUGUUUUUGAAUUUGUGCUUUUCCACCAACAAAAGUGCAAUUAAGAAACGGUUUCAAUGUCAGAAUUGUUGAUGCACUUUUAAUGAACCUUUACAAACGUCCCAAUUUGCUUGUUCAAAUGCCAGUGCUGUCAUAUUUGACAGAGUGAUGGCCCAACUCUUCAUUUUCUUAUCUGUUGUCUCCUCCCUGUGUACAUUUUCUUGAAUGUUGAUGUCACCUUCAAAUGUCUUUGCCAAUGUUGUUCCCACAAUAUUUAUUGAAUUAUAUAUUUUCCCUUUAGAAUAAAUGCAAAUGUAAUUAAAGUUAA